UGAUGUUGAUUUCUUUUUGAAAGUUUCUAUGUUAUGUGAGUUUAGCACGUGGGCCGGCUUUGUUUAUAUAUUUUGUUCGGACAUUAAUGUAACGGCCUGUUCUUUACGUAUUUUGGAAAUGAGCAGCAAUUGAAUACACAGCAAAAUGAUCACAUCAUUAGCAGAUGAACUGAAGAGGCUAACAGUGCCCCAGACGUCUUUGCUGGUUCAUACAAAGAAAAAACCUUCUCUGCUGUUCGAUCCAAAAGAUGCUGCAGGAUUUGACAGAGAAACCUUCUAUGAAAUAGGUUUAACAGGAUUUGAAGAAUUGAAGAAACUGAAUCCUCGUUUUGAGGAGUUUGGUAGUACGCUAUUCAAUCCGUCAUCUCAGGGAUUGGAGCGCUCUGUGGAGUCUCACAAGACAAACAAAGAGUUGAACAAAACAAUCAAAAGAUUUCUGCUCAGACUGUCCCCUUAUUUCCUUCUCAGGCCUGCUCAUCAAGCAUUGGAGUGGCUCAUCAAUAGGUUCCGCGUCCACGAGUACAACAAGGAGGAACUGCUGCUGCUUAUCCUGCCCUACCACGAGACCAACAUGUUCGUGAAGGUGCUCCAGCUGCUGGACCUGGAGGACGCGGCCGGCCCCUGGCACUGGCUGCGGCCCCUGCAGAGGCCCGGCGUGCCGCUCUCCCGGGCCGCCCUCGUGAGCCGCUGCGUCGCCGACGUCCAUUUCCUCCGCCUCGUGUGCGAGGGCGUGCGUGCGGCGGCCGCGGAGCUGGGCGAGGACGCCCCGGCCCUCGCCACCGCCUUCGCGUUCCUCUGCUCCACGCUGGUGGGCGUGCUGGAGUCCUCGCCCCGGGUCACCGAGGCCCAGCUCACCGCCCUGCUGCCCACGCUCACCAGGGGCCUCUCGUCGGCGGUGCCCGACUUCGCGCUCGCGUGUUUCAUGGUCGUCGCCCAGCUGGCGAGCAAGGCCAGCCUGGCCCAGGAGGUCCUCCAUCCCAUCGUCACCAGAGUGGCCAAGUGUAUCAUCCCCGGCUUCAAGACGGAGAUGGUUGCACUUCUGGUGAUCUUGUACCAGACUCAGACUGACACGCUGAAGACCUUCCCCAGCAAAGCCCUGAUUCAUCUCUCGUACCAGUCGUGGUUCCCCGUCGCCGUGGGCCAGAUGGUGACGGCAGGCGGCAACGUCACACCGCUCCUGAAGCCCCUCGUGACGGCAGCCUUGGAUGCUGUCCGUGCAGACAGCGAGGAAGCAGAGAGCAUCAAGAGUUUCAUUGAGAGUAUCGUGACAAAUGUUUCGUUGGACGAGACAGAUAUAGAGCUCAUUGUAAGGACUGUGGUUAACAGCGUAGAUGUCAAUAAAGCCCUUCAAGAAGCCGCUGCUAAGGAUAUCUGGACACUGGACGGCAACGGAGACAUGCAGUGGUACUCAAGGCUUCUGAAGCAGGUGGAGCGUCAGUAUCCCGAACCGUACGACAAGGCUAUGAAAAAGCUGCUGAUGAAAAAGAAAAACAAAAGCAAGCUUCAAGUGAUUCUCGACUUCUGCGACACGGGAGGCAUGCUGGACAGACUGAACCACCCCGUCACGGAAGUAAGGCAGCAAGCUGUGGAGUCUGUCGUCAAAAAUUUCAAGAAAUUUAAGGGGCCGGAGAAGCAGUCCCUGAAGCACACCCUCUCAGAGCGGCUGAGGGACGACGACCUCGCCCUGGUGGACAGCCUGCUGGGGCUGGGCCUGAGGGCGCUGCUGACCGUCGUGGACCCCGACUACCUGCUGGAGACCCUGGUCUCGCUCGCCGUGAGGACCUGGCAGUCCUCCGACCAGCCGCCCGGCGUGGCCGCCAGGGUCCUGCGGAUGCUCUGCUCGUUCCGGGUGGACGAGCCCGGCCUGGCCGAGGCCCGGACCCUGCUCGCCCUGCUCCCCUACCUGCUGCCCGUCGCCCCGGACGACCUGCCGUUCGUCGCUAUCAUCCUCGAGUCCAAGUUCGCCGCGUCCAACAAGUUCCUCCGGAGAGUGAGCGAAGAACUAAGUCCCAGAGCCGGCAUGCUGAGUGUGGAGAGCGUGUGCGACGUCGUGUGGAAGCACCUGCACGCGCCACUUCUGCCGGAUGUGGCCACUCUGUCCGGGGCUCUGGACACAAUACCUCACAACGGCGCGGACGUGUCCCGCCACCUUUUGUCCGUCAUCUUGAUGGCAAACGCAGUUCCAAAGGACGAUGCGAAAACCAGCCUCGAGAUUUUGAACAACUCCAUCAAAAUCGUAGAGGAGUCACGGAUGUAUGUGGAGCAAGCGUUUGCGUUUUUGGACGGGAGGUCGUUCCCCUUGGUGCUGCUGGCGGCGAAAGAGGGCUCUUUCGCAGUGCAGGCCUUCAUCUACUGUCUCAUCAGCCUCACGAGGAACAUGUCCGUCCCUCUUCACUUGAAAGAGACGCAGUGGUGGACCCUGUCGGGGAAGACCGACCACGCGGCAGCUUUCUUCGUCAGGAUGUUCGAAGUGUUGGUCACAGGCUGUAACUUGGAUAACAACGACAUGAAGAAGCUGUACGUUGAAGGGAUGAAAGUGUUUUUCAAGAUCCACUUCCCGCUGACGCAGCUGCAAGUGCAGUUCCUGUCGAAGCUGGCGGUGGGCGGGGACCUCGGCGACGACUCCCAGGUCGUGAACCCGGAGCUGCAGGUGAACGCCCUCCGCCUGGCCGCGGGGCUGGUCGCGAGGCACAGGGGGGGUGGCUCCUGCAAGGGGCUGCUCAAGUGGAGCAAUGCCCUCGUCCCGUCGCUCGUCGUGGCCCUGGCGAGCCCCCUGGGGCCCGUGCGGCGCGCCGCCCUGGACUGCGCGGCACUGGUCGCCAGGUCGCGCCGGCCCGGCGACCCGGACGGCAAGUGGGAGCACCUCGUGAGGGCGCUGCUCUCCUUCCAGGAGGAGAUCACCAUGGACAGAGACCAGUUAACGAAAGCGAUGCAAGCUUUCCUCGACAAGACACCCAACUCAGAACAUCAGGUUAAAACCCUGCAGACUCUACUGGGCAUCAUAGUUGAUGCUAAAACGCCAGAUUUUGUCUCCUCCGUCCUGCUGGGCACACUGGAGAAUAUCAGUUCUGAAGACAUGUUGGUGAGCCUGGUGCCGCUGGGCAGGAAGGUGCUGUCCCGGCCCUCGCGGGGCGGGCUCGGGGUCCACGGCUCCGCGAUCCUGCGGCGCGUGCUGGCGAAGCUGGGGCCGGACACUGGCGGCGUCCUGCAGGACCCCCGGUGCUGGGGGCUCGUCGAGGCGGCGCUGGCCGACGGCGGGACCCGGGUGUGGGGCGAGGACGGCAGUCCCACCGUCCCUGCGGUCCUCGUGCUCCGGCAGAUUAGUGUGGAUUUUUUUGCAAGCUUAAAGAGUGAACUGCAGCGCAAGAUAUUUGACUUGCUUGUGACACUGAGCACAAGCACCGACCAGACAGCUGUGCUGCAGGCAAUAAACCACGUCGUGAAAGUCAUCAUCCUGGAUGCUAGUUUAUUGUUGCCGCACUUAGUUGGAAUGAAGAACGCUGGUGUAACAGAGAUGCAAAUCACUGGCACGAAGACGAAUUCCAAGCGACCUAGGCGAACCAUGAAUCCAGCGCCUUCACCCCUCCUGCUGCAGUCUGAGGCGUGGAAGAAGGGCGUCACGGUGCUCGAGUUCAUCCAGAACAAGAAGAAGCUGCACUCUUCGCAUCUGAUCCUGCCUGUGCUGUUUGACAUUCUUAAGAAGGCGCUGGAGCUGGAGGAGCAGGCCCCGGUGGAGUACGUGAAGCAGCUGCUGCUGUCCUGCGUCCUGCACUGCCUGGAGAAGCUGCCCCCCCCGGGGCCCGGUGUGUCGCAGCCCGAGAGGGCCUUCAACGUGGAGCUGGUGAUCCGCUGCGUGCGCUCCACGCAGAACCCCCAGACCCAGCACCACGCCCUGCUGCUGCUCUCGCACCUCGCGGAGGUCCUGCCGGAACAGGUUCUUCACAACAUGAUGAGUAUCUUCACGUUCAUUGGAUAUUCUGUUCUGCGGCUUGAUGAUGCGUACAGCUUCCAGAUAAUCACAAAAAUACUUGAUAGUGUGAUUCCUAUCCUGAUUAAGGCGGAUGACGGAGGGCGGCCCGGCUCGGUCGUGGGGGUGCUGCGAGUCUUCGCGGACGCCCUGCUCGACGUACCGGCCCACCGUAGGAUGCCCGUCUACCAGAAGCUGCUCUGCACCGUGGACCCCCGCUGGUCCCUCUGGCAGUUCCUGUGCCUCGUGCUGGAGUCGCACGUGCUGAAGGGCGACCCGGGAAAAGCCCGGCCCGACGGCGACCCCGUCCCCAUGCGGGUGGACUUCUGCCUGGAGUUCACGCUCACCUUCCCCCCGCCCGUCGUCGUGGAGACCUGCAUCCGGGUCGUGGACUACAUUGUCUCCCUGCCUGCGUCCAAAGAUACGAAGAAUUCCCGCUCUGCAGGUCUGGCAUUGUUUGAUAUUGAGCAGCAUAGCCCUAAACAGUUACGUCACUUUAGAUAUGCCCUGAGUUCAUUUCUGGUUAAUUUGUUGUCUUCAACUGUACUCAUUAACAAGAUCGCAAGUCUUGGUGAUGAUGAAAUCAGUGAAAUGGAACCGUUGUAUACAUCGGCAAUUGAAACGGUGUUGGGGUUAAUCAAAUCCAUGGCUCGUGAAGCAGAUAGAAGUGUCAACUCCCCAAAUCUGAAGUACUGGAAGAUAAUGUUAAACCAGAGCUACGAGAUUUUGAACAAGGUGAACGGCCUGCUGCCGGGCGACCUGUUCGCGGGCGUGGUGCGCAGCCUGCUGGGCAGCGAGCAGGCGGCGGUGCGGCGCCGGGCCGCAGAGCUGCUCAACAGGCGCCUGCAGCACCAGGCGGGCUUCUACGCUGGCCGGCCCGAGCUUCUGGCGCCCCUGCUGGCGCCGCUGUGGGCCGCGCUGGAGGGCCUCGGCCAGCCGGGCGCCCGCGACGCCGAGGCCGAGCUGGGCCAGCAGACCGCGCUGCUGUCGCUCAAGCUGCUGGCCCGCCUCCUGGCGCCCGGCGGGCCCCAGCACUUCCUGCCCCUGUUGAACCGCGUUACCGACCUGGUGACGUCCGGUCUCCCCCAAGGGAACGUGCUGGGGUCCGUGGUGCUGCUGUUGGCAGAGCUGACCUCGGUCCUGCAGUCUCCCGCCAUAGCGUCGCUCCCAGAGUUCAUGCCUGCGCUCAUCAAGCUCCUGCGCAAGCAGAGAGACGUGGACAGCCCAAAUAUGUUGGUGGUGAGCGUGGUAACAGCUGUGUACAAAAUUGUUGAAACGUUGGCAAAAUUCAUGAGCCCGUACCUGGACAAGCUCCUCAUGGAGAUCUGUGUGUUGUCUGGGAAGUGGCAGGAAGAAAGCGAUGCCCUCCUCACCGCCGUUGUGCAGAAGCUGAGAAGCACGAGGCAGAAUAUCUCCACGUGCAUCCCGCCGCGCGUGCUGGUCCCUGCCGUGGCGCGCUGCCACGCGCGGCUGCUGGAGUGGCGGGAGUACGCCGCAGUCGGCCCGCUCAUGGGCGUCCUGGCGGAGAGUUUCUCCGCGAUGCCGCCGGCCGAGCUGGCCCGCCACCAGCCCGACCUCACCGCCUUCUUCCAGCGUGCCCUCCAGUUCCGGUCGGACUGCGAGGACGUCCACCUGGACGAUGUGUCCCUCGUGGAGGGGCACUGCGUCGACGCCCUGAUGGCCCUCAUCCUGAAGCUGUCCGAGUCGUACUUCCGGCCCCUGUACUACGGCCUGUACCACUGGGCCACCAGCACCGAGUCCCACAAGGAUCGCACCAUUACCUUCUACAGGGUUUCGGACAGCAUUGCAGAAAAGCUGAAAGGUCUGUGCGUGCUGUUUGCGGGCCACUUCCUGAAGAACGCAGCUGAUCUGCUGGUUGCGAACAACGCUGCGAAAACCGAAAGCCUGCACUUUGGAUCGGGCGAGGAGGCCCUGAAGAGGUCCGAGCUUCUUCUCGAGUACAUUCUGAAGACUCUGCACAAAGUGUUCUUGUACGACUCGCAGAAGUUCAUAAACAAGGAGCGCUUCGAUACGCUGAUGCAGCCGAUCGUAGACCAGCUGGAAAACACUUUAAAUGGUUUAGACUCGAUGACAUCUAGAGCAACUACGUUGGUUGUGCCGUGUAUAACUCAGCUUGCCGUUGCUGUGGCAGAUGAUGCUUUGUGGAAGGACCUCAUUUACCAAGUUCUGCUUAAAAUGAGGCACAACACACCGGAGGUGCGCCUGGCCGCGCUGAAGGCACUGUGCGAGGUGGUCCGGGCGCUUGGCGACGCGUUCAUGCCCUUCCUGCCGGAGACGGUGCCCUUCCUGGCCGAGCUGCUGGAGGACGAGCACGAGGGGGUGGAGGCGGGGGCCAGGAGGGCCGUCCAGGACAUGGAGGAGCUGAUAGGCGAGCCGCUGCAGAAGUACUUCUGAGCCCGUCCGCUGCGCACUCGCAGGGGGACGAGAGUAUGUCGUGAAUCACGGAUAUAGGGGCGCAACAACUAAAUUUCCAAAGGGGGCACAAUAUACCUAUUUAUAAAGAAUCAUCAAUCCCCCCCUAUUGAAGCGGAGGUAUCCGGGGGUCCGGGGGUCCUCCCCCCGGGAAAAUUUGUAUUUCAAGGUGGAAAAUGGUGCUAUUUAAGCAGUUUUAUUAUCUAAAAAUUGAUUACAUAGCACUUUCUUUGCCCCCGUUUGCACCCACUUCAAGGUUUCAGGGGGGGGGGGGCAAAAUACCCUUGGCCCCCCCCCCUUGUUGUUGUGCCCCUGUAUAUACUUGUAUGUAUGUGUAUAUUUGUGUUUACGCAUAUGUAUAAGCAUGUCAGAACACUGCGUAACAUCGAUGUUCAAGUUAAUGCACCAUAUGGUGCCAAAAUGCAAGCUAUAUAUCAUGGACUUAAGUAGCACAUAAACCAAAACUUGAUUCAAAUCUUAAAAAAAAAAGUGAUCGUUUAACGUUUGAAAUUCAAGGAAUGUAGUUACUUUCCGGACAAAAAAAAAUAUAUACCACAUUGCAAGGAUCAAAAAAUUUUUUAUUUGAUUUUUUUUUUGUGGAUCCCUUUUGAAUCACUUUAAAACCACAAAUGCUUUCUAAUCUAUUUUUAUUGGACCAGUUUAUGACAUUAUGGAAUCAUAAAAGUGCAGCAUAUAAGUUUACCACUGUUACAAAACAGCUUUUACAAAAACUUAAAUCAUAACACCGAAAUCCUCUGUUUAAAAAAAAAAAAAAAAAAUGGACUAAAAAUAAAACCAUAAAAUCUUGUCUAUUUAUGUAAAAUUGUAACAAUUUUUAUAGAACAAUUAAGAGGGUUUUUUAAAUGUAUAAAAUAUAGGCUUCUGCAAAACUAGGUUUUUAAUUGAUUAAAAUUUAUAAUCAAGUAUAUAACAAUUCAAGACCAUUAAACAUAUUUAAAAUCAAAUUUGAACAUACAGUGAAAUUAUGUUUUUUUACAUUUCACAUGAGUUUAAGGCAAAAAUUAAUCAAAGUAAAGUAGGAAAAUUAUUUUAAAAAAAAUAAUUGUUUUACUAUGUUCCAUAUUGCAGAAAAUAGUUGUAAAAAUUUGAAAAUGUGAAGUUUCUUCAAUGAAAGACAAUGUAGAUACUAUGUACAAAAACUAUCAGUGAACCAUUAAUAAACUAUCUGCAUUGUUAGGAGAAAAAAAUUGCAUCUAAAAUUUUGGAGAGCAAUGCCAAUGUGGGGUUGGUAGAGACAAGAUUUUAUGGUUUUAUUUUCAGGCCAAUUUCAUUUUUAAAACAGAAGAUGCUUGAGUUUUUAUUUUUUAUGAAAUCUGUUUAUUAAAAAAGUUUAUAUAUUACUGAACAAAUAUGAUACUUAAAUGUUCCAUAGUACAAAUUUCUCCAAAACAGUAUCAUUUUUACUCAUACAUGAUGCAAUUUUCUAAAUAAUGGUUUGUAAUAAGUAUAUCUAACUUACUGGUACAAAUUAAAUAAAUCUCUUAAGUAUGUGUGUUUUUGAAAAAUGUACUACGGUCGUAAUUUAAAAAAUGAGUAUCUAAUAACAGUUGUAAAAUUAAAAAUGUUAACUAUUUCUUAUUUUUUUAUUCAGUUGUAGUACAAACAUCAGGCUAAAAAAAUUACUUUUAUUGAAUUUAAUAUUUAAAAGAUUAGGUAUUUGUCAUUAGAUUUUAGUUUUGAUUGAAAAAGCUAAUUAGUUUCCAUGAUUUUAAGUACCUUUUGAUUCUUUAUGGAGUAUUAACUGAGUUGUUGUGUUGUAUGGUGUAUUGGCAUGCUUUUCUUUGUUAUUUCGGUUUUAUCACAUUUCACAGUAUAAUCUUGUCCCUAGGGAUGGUUGAUCAAUUGCAGCAACGCUCUUAAACAUUCCCAAAAAUCCCUUUAAUAAUAAAUAUCAUAUGUGGACAGUUUGUAAAAGUUGGCAGGUCUGUAUUGAUUGCUGUAUCAGUGAUCUAGCAUUAUGUGAGUCAUUUUAUGCUUAUAAGCAUAGUGUGACACACAAAACUUUAAUUAGUGUUUCCUGUUGUUUUAAUAUCUCCAGUACAAAGUCUUUGUAUAAUUAUAUGUUGGUCAACCUCAUGCGUUAGGAGUGUUGUCGCAGUAGCGGGUGCGUUGGUAGCCCUGCAGCCUAUCGCUAGGCUUGGGAGGGUUCUGUGCCGCUAGAUCUUACACCCCGUGCAGAAUGUGUCACAGCUUGGUGGGAUGUAUUACUGAACAAGGACUGCAAACACCACAUCUGGCUUUGUUUUUUCCACACAAAAUAUAAGAAAGAAGAUUAUUUUAUUUGUACAGUAAUAUGUAGCAUCUGUGAUGGAUUAGUAAUGUGCUGGUAUCUUUUACGUGACAAGUGAAUUAAAUGAUAUGUACUGAACUAUUAUAAUUGAUAAAAACUUAAUGUAGAUUUUAUUUGAAAUUUUUAUAAGAGUUCAUUAUUACUUUUUAUUUAUUUUUUAAUCCAUUUCAUGUUUUUUUUGCAUGCGUGCCUACAGAUGUACAUAAAAAUUAUUAUUUUUUGGUUAGUUGUAGGAAAAGUGGAUUUUUACGGUAAUCAUAUACUAAAUAAUGUAGAUUGGAUGUAUUUUACGUACUAAAAUUGCAGUGUUCUUAUUCAUACUAAAAAAAUCUAUGGUUUUUUUACUCCAUCAGACAAAGACCACUUGGAAAAAACUUAUUAUAAAUACACAAAAUAAAUUUAUUUGUAAACUUAAAUGCACAUGUAAUACAAAACUAGACACAAAAUUUUAAGUAAAAUUCUUUAAAAUAAUGCAGAAAUUGAAAAAAAAUAUACAAAAAUUUGUUUUGAACUACAUGUCUAGAUGGGAAUUGCACGUAGUACAUAAAAUAAAAACCUAAUAUGUAUUUGAGCGAUGGGUGUUAAAUAGAUAAGAUAUUGUGGACAUUUGAUGUUUUGUGAAGUGUGAGUUAAGAAUAUUAACAUAUUAUAUAAUUAAUAAAAUCUGAGAAUUAUUCAGUCAAUGUAUUUUGUUGGAAUGGCUUGUGCAGAGAUAUUAUGAGUUUACAUUGUAAAUACUGUGAGUUAUAUACCUAGCCAUUUUUUGUAAUUUAUUUAGUAAAAGGAAAGUUGUUUAUAAA